AUGGACCAGUCUUCGUCAACCCGCCCCUCGGGCAUCCCCAGGCCCGCCCCCGCCUCUCGUCUGCCCGUCCUGCGCCAGUCGGCCAGCCAGUCGCAGCUGCGUGCCACCCCCUCGACCGAGCAACUGCGCAAGAAGCCCUCCUUGGCCUCCAUCUCGCGCCCAACCGCCUCGACCCUGCAGAAGAAGACAUCCAGGGCCUCGCUCGUCCUCCCCAACGGCCUCCCUCCUCCUGCUGCUGCUGCCGCCCCCUCGAUUGCCGCGCCCCCGAGCUUCAGGUCCGCCUCAAGGGCAUCUUCGCGCGCCAGCUCACGGGCAGCACACCAUGAAAGCGACGCGGAACACGAGGCCGCCGUCUCAGACGGCUCGGACCAGCAGCGGCCCUCACUUUCGGAAAGAACCAUAGAGAGUCUAUCGCAACUCCCAUCUUCACCAGCACCAAAGAAGGGAAGGCGCAGAUCGAGCUUCUUCAACAGUGACAACAGCAUGCCGCCACCGCUACGCCCGGCGUCGGCCACGUCCAACGGAAGCAGGCCAUCGACCAGCGAUGGCUCGCAACAGACCAUCCCAGGGACUCCAAAGAGACUUGCUGUCCCGCCUACCAACAGAAUGUCCAUGACAUCCCCAGGCAAGCGGAGUGCGAGUGCCAAUGUCAUUUCAUCAGCUGUGACGCCUACCAGACAAACAUCCCUUGUGCGCUCCGCAACCCGGGCGUCCCUCGGCAACAUGUUUGCACAAUCAACGUCGCCUCCCGGUACUGCCGUCAGUUCUCCAGUCACAAGUCACGAGACACCAGUGAAAAAGACACCAGACACCGUUCGGAGGGUCGCCAGCUCUUCAGCAGCUCUGCGAGACCAUAUUGCAAAAGCUAAAGCGGCAAAGAAGCCAGACAUUGCUCCGGCACCCGUCGAAGCAUCGCCAAAGGCUGCGAGCUCCUCAAAUGCCUUGAGAGAACAGAUUGCAAAGGCUAGGGAAGCUGCCAAGCGAGCAAGGGCCGAGCCCGUUAGGAACACCGAAAUUGCAACUUUCGACUUUGGUCUCAAUGAAGACCCUUUUAACCAGCGCGCCAAGGGCGGCGCCUCUGUUCUGCGUCGGCGUAUCGAUACUGCUCGUGGAGAUGGCCGCCUGAACAUUGCUGCAAUGGGCCUUAAAGAGAUACCAGAUGAUGUAUUAUCAAUGUAUACUUAUGAUCCCGACGACACAAAGGUGGCGUGGGGCGAGGUCGUAGAUCUUACUUCUAUUCUUGCUGCGGAUAAUGAGCUUGAAAUUAUCCCAGACAGCAUGUUUCCCGAUGUUACAGUCGAAGACAUGAUUGACUCCGACGAGGCGGGUCCUCAGUUUGGUGGAGUCCAGAAUAUUGACUUGCACGGCAACAUGCUUCAAGAGCUGCCCAUGGGCCUGAGACGACUUACACAGUUGUCCAAACUGAACCUUUCAAGGAACAAACUGUCCAUGGAGGUAUUUGACAUUAUUGCCCAAAUACCCACUCUUCGGGAGUUAAAGCUAGCCGAGAACAACCUGGAAGGUCCCUUGUCACCAGCGCUGUGUGAUCUUACGGCAUUGGAGAUUCUGGAACUGCAAGCAAAUAAGCUAGAUAGCCUCCCCAGUGGCUUCGAGCGCUUGACCCAACUCCGUACGCUUAAUGUAACCGACAACCAGCUCCGCAGCAUUCCCUCCGAGGUUUUCUCUUCCGCACUCAUUGAGCUGCACGCAUCUAAGAAUCGCCUCGAGGGUGCUUUCUUUUCCAGAAAUUCUGUAACGCAUCUGCAAGAACUGCACGUGGCCCAGAACUCUCUUACGUCGCUAUGCGAAGACGACUCAAUUGAUUUGCCCGCACUAAAAGUCUUGAAUAUCUCUAUCAACCGAUUUACCUCUUUGCCUGCAGUAUCGGGUUGGAGCAAUCUCAUCACUCUACUAGUGGGAGAGAAUAAACUCACAGCUUUGCCAGAAGGUUUCACCGCCCUUCAGCAGCUCCGUACUGCGGAUUUUACUGGCAACGACAUAACCCAGCUUGACGAAAAGAUUGCACUUAUGGAGAGUCUUGACCACCUUACUGUGGCUGCCAACCCUCUGCGUGAUAGAAAAUUCCUUUCCAUGGGUACAGACGACUUGAAGCGUGACUUGGCCUCCCGGUUGCCAGCUGAUGAUCUCCCUGCCGAGGGUGAUGAAGAAUUUGUAAAUGGAGAUGCUCAAGAACCUCAAUCCAAAUGGGAACUUACCCCCUCUGGCACUUUGGAUCUAGCAGGCAAGGAUAUGGACGAGCUUGAAGUUGACGAUGCUACAUCAGAAGUUCUUGUUAAUGGCUUACGUCAACUCCAACUGCAGCGCAAUAAGUUUAUCGCUAUCCCGCCUGUUGUUGGAACUUUUCAACACCUCACUGUUCUUGAUCUUUCCAGGAACGCCAUUGGAGUUGCAUUGUCAGCGCCGCUUGAGCUCGCUCAACUUCGCGAUCUUCGUCUCGCUAGCAACAAGCUGACAAGCUUGACACCACUGACGGCCCAUCUCACAGCACCGCACCUUGUCACCUUGGACGUUUCAAUAAAUCGGCUGAGUGGUGCUCUGCCUACCCUUCACACCUCAUUCCCGUCGCUCACCACUCUGUUGGCAUCAGACAAUAAGAUUUCAGAGGUCUCUGCUGAAAGUCUGACGAACCUGAGGAUUGUGAACCUUGGAAACAAUGACAUUGACCGCUUGGAGCCACGUAUUGGCUUGCUCCAAGGCACUCUGACUGGCUUCGAGGUUGAAGGAAACAAGUUCAGGGUACCCAACCGACAAGUCCUACAAAAGGGUACAGAUGCCGUUUUGACAUGGCUUCGAGACAAGAUACCAAGAGAGAGUUGGAAGAGUACUGACAGUGCCGGUACUGAAUUCUUCGAUGCUGAUGAUGGUGGCUUUUAGGUUUAUCGGUUGGUAUGUUAGACUAGAGCAGCAGGUUUUGGGAAAACAAGGCAGGUGUCUCUAUGGGAGAGUCAUUCUCUUUGACUAUAUUCCAGGUAUUUUGUAAUACUUUCAUGUAGAUAUUUGCCCCAUGGUAAAGGGUUUGGGAGGAUUUUCUUGUAGACUUCUUCCUUGGUAUAUUUUCUUACUUUUCCUCCCUCACUUCUUUUUCUUUUCACACUUGCUAUUUAUAUACUCGCGUGUCAAAUGGGGGAAUUGCUACAAUGGCCGUAUGGUGUUUGUUGUAAAAUUAGUCAUGGCGAUAGGAUUACGCAGAAAAAUGCACAGCCCUAUAUCCUUUU